UGUGGUCAGAACACAAGGAUCAGAAGUGAAAGAUACACUUCUUUCACUUAAGAUGAUUUUGAAGGGAAGUGGCUCUUUCUUAGAGCCAAUUUCAUUGAGGGGUUCACGAAAAUCAUCAUGCUGCUUUCUUAUAUAAAGGAUUCCUAUCUCCUAGUAUUCCACAGUCACAUGGAGAGUCCCAAGUUUGGUGCAAUAACUCGAGUAAUUAACAACAACAACUUUUGAGUGUUAACUAUAUGUCAGAUAUUGCUGAAAGCAUUUACAUAUAAUAACAUCUUUAAGCCUCAAAUAACUUAUACUAGUUAUUAAAAAAACUGAAGCAUGGAUAGUUAAGUAUUUUGCCCAAUAUCAAACAAAUGGUAUUUGGAGGAGUCAUUUUUAAAAUUCAGUCAUUCUGGCUUCAAAGCUGGUGCAUGACUUACAACCUUCUCCCUCAAAAGUAAUUUAGACCAAUCCUCUGCUGCCAUCUUGGUAUUUGCAAACUCUGUCUCCACUGGUGUAGUCUGACUCAUUCCCCUUUCCCAUUGUUGUCUGUGGUUCAUGGAAUUUGGUUUCUGGAUAGGGUUAAGAGAGAAGAAACUGCCUUAGACCCUCCAGGUGAAUAUUUAGUUUAGAGUCUCUCUAUUAAAGAAAACAGGACUGUGCAUCCAAUCUGUAUUUUCCACAGAUUUACCCAAUAAGAGAAAAGUUGAACCGCACACGUCUCGCUCUCAUUAUCUGCAACAUAGAUUUUGAGAAUCUUCCCAAGAGGGCUGGUGCUGAUGCUGAUAUCAGAGGGAUGAAGACACUGCUCGAAGGACUGGGGUACAGCGUGGAUGUGAAACAAAAUCUCACUGCUUCGGACAUGACUGCAGAGCUGAAGACAUUUGCUGACUGCCCAGAGCACGAGACCUCUGACAGUACUUUCCUGGUGUUCAUGUCUCACGGUAUUCGGGAUGGUAUUUGUGGGAAGAAGUACUCUGAGGGAAUCCCAGAUGUAUUAGAAGUCAACACCAUCUUUCAAAGCUUGAACACCCGGAACUGUCCAAAUUUGAGAGACAAACCCAAGGUGAUCAUCAUCCAGGCCUGCCGUGGUGUGAACCAGGGAGUGGUGUGGUUAAAAGAUUCAGUAGAAAAUUCUAUCAGCAGCUCUUCACUGGCUCCAGAAGAUUUUGAGGAUGAUGCCCUUAAGAAAUUCCAUGUGGAGAAGGACUUUAUAGCAUUUUGUUCCUCGACACCAGGUUCGACCUUCAUUUGAGUCCCCAGAUGGUAAGGCACAGAUGCCCACUGUUGAAAGGAUGACUUUGACUAGAUAUUUCUACCUCUUCCCCGGGUGUUGAAAUAAGAAGCCAAGAAUUCUGUCAUUCUGCGCCUGUUUUUGGAAUCAUGUCUGCAGAGCAUGGACCUUUCUUUAAACAUUCAAAUAAAUCUGAAAUAAAAAUGAGAA